AUGGCCCCUCCCAAGCGCGCCUUGUUCUCUCUGAACCUCGACACUGACGCAGACCACGUAUACCAAAAAGUCGAAGACCACAACAAGGACGGUGUAGACAGAGUUAAAGUCUUGGAAAGCAAAGGACCCACUCACGGACACACGGAUUUGAGUUACGUGACGAGGCCGUUUGAGAAGACUGUUAAUCGAGCCGUUAACGAGGUUAUUGACGGAAGAAAAAAGGAAUAUCGAGAGAAAAUACGACACUUCAGAACUUUGAGAUCUCUCCAAAAAAGCAACAUGUCAGCGGACCAGCAACCUCUCCGCAUAGCCAUUGGCUGCGACGAUGCGGGCGUCUCGUACAAAAAGGCCAUCAUCAAAGACCUAGAAGCUGAUUCCCGCAUUGCCUCUGUAACCGACGUCGGCGUCCCUGAAAACAGCGACAAGACAGCGUACCCACAUAUCGCCGUCGAUGCCGCCAAACUCGUCGCAGAGGGCAAAGCAGACCGUGCAGUCCUCAUCUGCGGCACCGGUCUUGGUGUGGCCAUCUCGGCGAACAAAGUGCCUGGUAUCAGGGCUGUGACAGCACACGAUAGCUUCUCGGUAGAACGUGCGAUUCUGUCAAACGACGCGCAAGUGCUAUGCAUGGGUGAGCGAGUUGUUGGAAUUGAACUCGCGAGGAGGUUAGUCAAGGAGUGGGUGGGAUAUCGAUUCGACAAGAGCAGUGCUAGUGCGAAGAAGGUGGAGGCUAUCAUGGAGUAUGAGAGGGAGAAUUACAAGGGUUUGGUUGAGGAUCAAGGGAAGAGCAAAGGGUGCUGA